UCGUCACAACGGAGCGGCGGAAGAGGCUCAGCUGUUGACUUGUGUCCUGUCCAUCGGCGGCAGCAAAUACUUGGGGGUAUCAUGGCGAUCUUCACGCCGACUAACCAGAUUCGCCUGACCAAUGUCGCCGUCGUGCGGAUCCGACGGGCGGGGAAGCGUUUUGAGAUCGCCUGUUACCGGAACAAAGUCAUGGGCUGGCGGAGCGGCGCGCUUUGGAAGUCAUCAAGCAGCUGAAGGAGACGAUGCAGAUUGAGCGGGCACACAUGAGGCUACGCUUCAUCCUCCCUCGGAAAGAAGGCAAGAGAUUGAAAGAGAAGCUGAAGCCACUGAUCAAAGUAAUCGAAAGCGAGGAUUUUGAUGAACAGCUGGAAAUUGUCUGCCUUGUGGAUCCAGGCUGCUUCCGGGAGAUCGAUGAAUUGAUCAGGUGUGAAACCAAAGGCAAAGGAACCCUUGAAGUUCUCAACCUGAAAGAUGUGGAAGAAGGUGAUGAACGCCUGGAAUAAUUGGGUGCUUAUGGUGUCGCUGUGCAAAGACUGUAUUAAAAGGCAUCCUAGAGUUGCUUCAUUGAGGAUUGACCUUUGCGCUUUUCCCUUUGAGGGUUUAUGUAGUUAUUUCCAUUUGAGGUUUUAUAUAGGUAUCCUCUGCUCCUUCCCCAAACUCUGAUGUUGGUAUCAACUAAAGGUACCUUAUAAACCCACUUAGCCCUUCGAUUACCUGAUAACGAAAGGACUUUACAGAGUUUACGCCUAUGUUGAUUGCUUUGAGUGUACCUGCAAAGUGACAAUUUAAUGUUAAGUGCCAAAUUGCCUUUCCUUAAAAGCAAAAGGCUUCAAGGAAGGAAUUGACUGCAGAAUUAGCAUCCUGAGUAAAUAACUCAAGUUUCCCUCAAAACAAGCCGAUUAAUGUCUGGAUUUACCAGCAGGAUUUGUAAACUAUGAGAUAGACAACCAUUGGUUGCUUUGAAUGAAGUGCACAAUAAUAGUAUUGUCCUAAUUAUACAGUAGCUCAAUUCUGUGGAUGGUGAUUUACAGACCAUCAGAAGAAUUUAGUGGCUGUCUUUCCAGAGUCGGUCUUGGAAUUUAUUAAUAUUGAUCCAAUUCUUUUCUCCAGGGAAAAUUUUAAAAAUACUGACUUGACACUGAAACCAGAAGUUGUUCAGAAAGUUUAUUUUGGAAAAAAGAAAUACAAUAACUUAAUUUUGAAAACAUUUGUUAUAACUAGACAACCUUUAAAUCCAAGUAAAAGAACUAGUUUGGCUCCAGUAAUAUUUUAGCAUUAUUUGUUAUACUAAUUUAAUAUUUAAGAGUGAGCCAAAAGAACAGAGACCAGUUCAUUGUCAACCCAAAACUCUAAAGUGAGUUUGUUUCUUAUGAGUAAACUAAUAGAGCUUCUGUCAAAAAGAACAAAACAUGCAUGGCCUGAUAUUUGUCAUUUUCUUAAUCCUUGGAAUUCAUAGUGCAAACUAUAAGGAUUCUUUGAGGAAAGCUGCACUUUUUACCUCCUCAGACACUUUAAAGAUAUAUAUUAUAAACAUUGAUGUACAACAUCACAAUAAUUUCUAUUAUAGAAUAUCAAAUUUAAGUUUGAAAUUCUUAGAUUUUUAAAAUGAGUUCUCUAAUGAAUACCAAUACCAGUCUAUAAGCUGUCAUUAAUAUGCCAAGGAAGAUACCAAAGCAUAGGUUUGAGGAUGGUUUCACGAUGCCUUUCCUUGACUUAUUUUUUUUAACAAUAUGCACCUUCCAGCUAUCAUCCUAAUCUCCAGCCCACAAAGCUCAGUAGUUUCUGUGUCAGUGAUUUAAUUUUUCAACUACAUGACUAACAAGAACUCCAAGGAGUUCUACUCACAAAGUUUGUCCUAAUAUGAAUAAACUUUACUGCUUCCUCUU